UACCCGACACAUGAAUUCUAUGGUCUUGGAGAUAAAGUGCGGUUUUUUAGACAUGACCCGAAUAGUGCAAAUAUUUUACAGCUCAUCACAUCUGCAAAUGAUAUCACUGAUGGUUCUAUAGUGGAAGCAGUGCUGUCAGCUGAUGCUACAGUUGAAGAGAUGCAGAUUAGACCACAUACACUCUAUGUACACUCCUACAAGGUUCCAACGUUCUGUGACUUCUGUGGCCAGAUGCUUUUUGGACUUGUCAAGCAGGGUAUCAAAUGUGAUGGUUGUGGGUGUAACUACCAUAAGAGAUGUGCUUGGAAAAUUCCAAAUGAUUGUACACUAUCUAAAAUACGUCGGCCGUCAUUAUCAGUGGGAGGUAACGUGAGUCUACCUCUGACAGCGAUGUCACAAGAAAGUCUUUCAGGACCAGCAGAUGAAACAACGAGCUUGCUAUCCAGAUCGUCAGAUUUCAGCAAGGAGAAGCGAUCAAAUUCGUGGAGUUGUCGACCAAUUGGAGUGGACAAGGCACUGGCUAGUAAAGUCAAAGUUCCCCAUACCUUUGUGAUUCAUAACUACGCCAAACCAACUGUGUGUCAAUAUUGUAGAAAACUUUUAGUUGGACUAUUUAGACAGGGAAUGCAAUGUAAAGAUUGUAAGUUUAAUUGUCAUAAGAGAUGCUGUGAGAAAGUUCCCAAGGAUUGUCUUGGGGAGGCUGCAUUGAGAGAAGGCUCAAGUGGGAGCAUUAAGGAAGCUGAUGAUGGUCAACCGGUCUGGUACGUGUCGUCCAUGAGUCAAGAAGGGGAUGAUGAAUUUCCAGAGAAACCAGCAUCGGUGGAUGAGGAUCAAGAAACUAGUAGCACACUAGCAGAGAGCAUUACAAGUGAUUUUGAGAAGGAUGAUGAAGAUAAGGAAGGGAGUAGUACUCCAGAUACAGACUCCACUCCUCAACCUCUAAGUCCGAAUGAGAGUAACAACAUUCCCCUGAUGCGAAUUGUGCAAUCUAUAAAGCAAACAAAAAGAAAAGGAUCUCAAGUUCUAAAGGAGGGUUGGAUGGUGCAUUAUACCAGCAGGGACAACAUGAGAAAGCGGCAUUAUUGGAGAUUGGACAGCAAGGCAGUGACAAUGUAUCAAAGUGACAAUACAACAAGGUACUACAAGGAGAUUCCGUUAUCGGAAAUCCUUUGUUUGGAGUCAUCAAAAAGUGCUGCAGCUCCCGAGACUCGUGCCAGCCACUACUUCGAGAUCCACACCAAGGGCGUAAUCUAUUACAUCGGGGACAUACGUAGGCCAAGCACAGAACCAGCAGCAGAUCGUAACAUGGUUGAAUCUGGUCAUGGGAUCACAGCUGCAAGGUCGUGGGAGAAGUCAAUACGCCAAGCACUGAUGCCGGUCACGCCUCAACAGAGCUCUACUAGUGUUACUAGUACAUCCAGUAAUGGUGUACCUACAGGACCAUCUAAGUCAUCCCACUACAUUUUCAACCAUGAUGAUGGAGAAGAGGAAAAGAAAGAUAUAAGUCAAGUGUAUCAAAUAUCCCCAGAUGAGAUCCUGGGUUCAGGUCAAUUUGGAAUUGUGUAUGGAGGUGUACAUCGUCAGACUGGUAGGUCUGUUGCCAUCAAAGUUAUCGACAAGUUACGAUUUCCAACAAAGCAGGAAACGCAACUUAAAAAUGAAGUGGCCAUUCUCCAUGUAACGGCCAUAAUACAGCGCCAGUAUCAUGUCCCCGUCUCGCCUAACUCUCAUUUUUGGGGAGUAAGCCGAUGCUCUGUCGAUGAUAGACCAUAUAUACUAUAUAUACUAUGGUUUUGUGAUUUUAUUAACCCUUUAAAAUGUGUUAUUGUACAACAGGUGAAAUUAUGUGAUUUUGGUUUUGCAAGAAUCAUUGGAGAGAAGUCAUUUAGACGGUCAGUAGUUGGUACUCCAGCCUACCUCGCUCCAGAAGUGCUUAGGAACAAAUGUUACAAUAGAUCACUGGACAUGUGGUCUGUUGGUGUCAUCAUUUAUGUAAGUUUAAGUGGUACUUUCCCAUUUAACGAGGAUGAAGAAAUCACUGAUCAGAUACACAACGCUGCAUUCAUGUUCCCGCCGAAUCCGUGGAAAGAGAUCUCAGAUGAGGCGAUAGAUUUGAUAGGCAAUCUGUUGCAAGUGAAGAUUCGUAAGCGCUACUCGGUGGACAAGUGCCUAUCACAUGCGUGGCUCCAGAACUAUGCACUUUGGAAGGAUUUACGUCACCUAGAAGGUCAGGUCGGUGAGCGAUACCUCACACAUGAGAGCGACGACGCGCGAUGGGAGGCUUACGCUCGAGAAUAUGGAGAUCAGGAGCCACCUACUAACCGUCUCCAGCUCAGUCCAGGACGUCAUCUAGAUCGAAUCAGUACCUUGUAGAGAAAUAACAUUGGAAAUGAAAUCGCACAUUGUGUAAUUGUGGCUUGUCUGAUGAUAUUGGAAACAGCUCCGUAAUUUUACAACAAUUCUACCACCUGAGGGUGGCAUACAUGGUCUGAGUAAUGGUAUUGUGGGUACAGGUGCUAUUGUAGCCAUCUUGCAAUUUUGGAUACUGCUAUGAUGACAAAUCAUGCUGAAAAUACUAAACAUUGUUUACCCAAGAUUGCAACAUUUUGUCAUCUGAAAGUGUAGAUAUUACCACACUGUUUCUUGCGAAUGAGAGGUGAGGCUGUCUGGAGGAAUGGUGAUCACAGACCAACAACAUCGAUUGGCUACAUACAUUGUUUGAAAAUAAUGAAACCAGAUGAUUUUUUAGGAUUUUUUGUGUGUAAUCACAACAAACGACAAUAUUUUUUAAGGCAUUGUUAUGAUGCUUUCUGCUGUACUUAAGUUAGCAGCAGUAAUUCAUGUAUAUUAUAUAGAGAGUAGAAUUUCCUAUCACCUGUACACAGCAGAAGACAUUUUCAAACUGACUUUAUUCAUUUUUUAGUCAGUAAAUUUUUUAGAAGUUUAAAUUUUCUAAUUGUUUUUUGCAAUAUUUUGACUUUUCACCACUUCGGUUUUAUGAGAAAUGGCUGUUAAUUGACCAUCUUGAUUUAAAUUGGCAGACUGAAAUAUUAUUUUAGUGACAUUUCCCCCUACUCCCUGUAAUCUUCACCUCUGACAGAGCUGGGAACACAUUUUCACUAUAAGGAAAUGUAAUGUGAAAAAACUCAAAAAAAUUUAUUUCAGACAGAUGAAGUUUUAAAAUUCAUAGAUUCUAUGGAGACCAAGAUUGCAACAGAAAAAUUAAAACAAAUUUGAAUGGGAGUAUCUGAGGACUAUUUAAAAUCUCAAAGAGAAUGAUUAUAGGUAGGGCCUUGCUAGCUGCUGUUGUUAGCGACUGCACAAAUCUAACUAGUCGGUGCUGGUCUAGGCUAAAAGUGCAUUCACUCCAAAAUCUGAAUUUUUGGAUCGGAAGCCCUAACGAAUAUAUCUGAAAUUUGCAUAGGUAUAUUAGAAUGUGGACGUUUUGUUCAACGCAUCAUAAAUGUAGUCUAAAUUUCAGUUCAGAUUCAAUGUGAAUGAAGCUUAGCUAUUGCCUGAGGGCCUGUAAAGGCUUGAAGGCAAUUUUUGAACACAUUAUCUAACAUUCAUGAAAUAGUCUCAUAAUGGCACUUUUACCACAGUUUCAGACUAUAUUUAUUUAAUUAAAUAUCUUUAGUUAAUAAAAGAUAUAAAGUGAUGAAUUAAUACACUACACACAUGGUUUUAUUUGAACACUUUAUUAUGACAUCGUAAAGUGAGGAAUAAAAACACUAAACACAUGGUUUUAUUCGUAGUCCUAGAGGCUAGGUCUAGGUGACAAUCGUUCGUUCGUAACAUACGUUUAUUGAGCGUUACAUACGUAUUAGGUCAAAGGUUACCACAAAUUUAACCUGUACCGUACGUAAAAUCGAGGUUCUACUGUACUUGUCUAAGGCAAAAUAACCCACUGUAUGCUAAUUUUUUUUCAUUCCAAGGUUUGUCUUUAUUUGGCAUUCUACAUAACAUACUUUGUAUAGUUGUAAAAUUGAUUGUGAUUAGUCUAAAUUGGAAAAAUCCAUUUUUUGAAGGGAUAAUAUAAAUUCUAAUUAAAUAAAAUAUUUAGGCUUACAUAAUUAAGCCUUCAGUGAAUACCAUUUAAAGAAUGAAACAAUUUAGAAAGAUAUUUUGCUUGAAAGAUAAGUUUGAUGUUGAAGAGUAUUGCUUGGAUGUUUAGCAUAAAUGAAAUUUAAAUUGUAUAGCAUUUUGUACUAAGAUUUUUUAUCACCAUCAUGAAUUAUGGAAUUAUUAGGAUGAAAACCUAAAGUUACAAAGGAAGAAUAAUGUGUAGAUUUAUUGUUUGAUGUUUGGUCAAAAGUCUUCAGCUCUCAGUCCACACUAUCAAAUUUUCUUUGACAAAAUGCCCAUAUAUAGUCAUGAUGUGACUAUAUACGGUGAUGCUAUAAUGUCAUCAUGACCAUAUUUAGGUAUGUCACAUGUUUUUGUCAAAUUAAAUGUGAUAGUGUGGACAGAGCUUUACAGUGUGUACUUCCCUGAGGCUAAGUUGAUGGGGAGUGAAAGGUAAUGUACACAUUAUAUCCAAACGAAGCAACAUUAGGUGAAAGGGGUACUUUCCACAUGACCUCAUUCUUAGAGGAAACAUCACAAAAUACAAAAUGCGUGUUAAAAACACCUAAAACUAUCCAUUCCUGGUAUAAUGUGUUACAUUUUCAUGUAUAAGUACCUUUUUGUUCAUGACAUACAUAGGCCUAAUAGUACUAAUAAUUUUUCCCCUGGUAUUGUAAUAAAUCUCUUGAUCAUGAUGGCUAGGUUACUUCCGCUUUAAGUUUGAUUCCCUCCCAAAGACAUGGCAGCAAAAGAAAGAACUUUAUUCAAUUAUCAGCUUGGAUUCACAAGGUUGGAAUGCACAUAAUCAUGCCACAUUAUUCUCUGUCCACACAUUCAAAUUUUUUUUGACUGUAGCUAGGUUCACAUUCAGAAUUUAACGUGAUCUAGUGGAGCAUGAUCAAGCCAGUAACUUUAUGUGAACCAACCAGAACCAAAUAACGUGCUCAGCUUAAUCACCUUAUUGUGAUUUGGUGGAGCAUGUUGAUUCAUCAUGAUUACCCUUGGUUAACGUGAUAAAUUAAUUCAUGAGAUCGAAUUCAACCAAUCAGCUUUCAGUUUAUUAAACAGGUCCCAACCUCAUUGGAUGUGCUUCUGGUAGUUUUCAUGCAAUACUGCACACAUUAGCAUAAAUAGAUCAUGAUGAUGGUUUCUAUAUGAACAGUUUUCUCAAACAUGCUAAAGUUAUCAUGAUGAAUAGAUCAUGAUGACUUUAUCACUAUACCUUAUGUGAACGUGCCUAAUAACUGUUGUAUAUACAGUAUAAUCAUGAUGUGCCAUAUAUGGUCAUAAUGUGAUAUUGCUUGCUUGUAUCAAGGUCAGUCGACAUAAGCACCAUACACACAACAUAGGUUUUUGUCCAUUGACCUUGAUUGACCUUGGAUACGAGCAAGCACAGCUCCAACCAUGAAUUGGCUUAUACCUGUAAGCUUAUGAAUUCCUGCAGUUGUUUGAGAUCACUGCCAAACAACACAUUACCUUGAUAUCUUGCCAGCUUCCAGCAGCCAUCCCAUCACGGUGUCUGUUUUUACUGUAUAAACAGUGUUCUUCACCUGGCCAGCAGUUUAAUGUUUUAACAUUAGACAUCAAAGCAUGUAAACCAAUCACCUGGUCAAAAUGUUGUACUGCUUAAAAAGUGAAAUGUUUUUUGUGCCAAAGGUGUGUGGACGACUAAAUUCAAUUGCAAUACAUUUACUAAAGAACAAUGAGAUAAGUGAAAAUGAUGCAGAAACCUUGGACACUUGUUUUGUUUAUAUAAGGCCAGCUGUUUAGAAAGUCAUCAGUAAGACCAUGUUGCAAUAAAAUCCCAAAUAUUCGUAUCGUCAUUUUAAAUGGACUUUUAUGGAUAAAAAUGUUCGUUUAAUUUGACCAUUUCUAUUUUCCUUAAUGAAAUCAUCAGAUGAUAAAUAAUAAUAACAAAUUAUGACUGGCAAGACCUAAUGAAAUUGUAAUGUCAAAUAAUUAUAAUAAAAUUUAAUGACCUUGCCAUGUCAGACGAUUAAUUAUGUUUAAAUGAAAUUCCUUGUUUAAGAUCUAGUAAAACGUAUAAUGCCAAAUAUAGAUAUAAUAGUGUAGUAGGUGUAGCCAUAUUAGGUAUAACUAUGUAAAUGCAACACUGGUAGCAAUUUACUUGCCAACCUUUAAACAUUUAUCACACAAGCAUUCACCAGCAGACUAUGCUGGCUUUGCGAGUUGCAGCCAAAACUGUACCUGAUGAUGGUCGCACCUAAUAAAGCCAUCAUAUUUAGUGCAUAAUAAAUGUUUAAAAGUUAAGAAAUUACUACCAAUAUUGUAUUUUACAAUGAUCAAUUAUGUAUGAUAAGGUGAAUGCCAAUGGAUGUUACAGCAAAAUUGGAAGUGUUAAGGUUAUCAAUUUUAGGAUGAUGUACAGUCACAAAGGAAAUGUUAUUUUUUGCAGUGUACCUGCAACCACCAGGAACAUGACUUGGAUGUCCAAUACUCUUCCAACAAAGCUGUGUCGGGUGAUAGCACUAAAAUCGUUUUACCAUUCAAAACACUACACAGUAUGAGAAUCCCUUGGUUUUCUCAUUGAAUAUUUUGCUAAUAAUAGGCAUGCUUGAAAGAGUAGGAAUAGGGCCUUUUAAGUCCUUGGUAGAAGCAUAGAAGAAAUGAUUUCUGAUUUUCUCUCCUUAGGAAUGCUAGCUGGUGCCUUGAUGGAUGGCAUGCCUUCAUAUAUUUGACCUUUGACUUCAGUCACCUGAGCGACCAAUUUAGACCAUUUUUUAUAUAUAAGAAGUAUCUCGAUAUUUAGUGUUGUGUUGUGACAUUUGUUGUAGAGGUGUAAAUAAUGUUAUCCACCUGUAUACACUAAAUUCAUCUUGAUUCCUUAGGCCUGAAAUAAUAUGUUGGUACUCAGAUACCAGAUAGAGAAUACGACUUUGGCUAUUGUCAUGCAUCGCAGACGACGUUUGUUCAUUGUUUUUCUCACAAUUUUGCAAUGUAUCUGCAGCUGCUUACAUGAUUAACCUGUUGGAUUGCCACUGUAGCUCAAAGGCACACCCCCAGAGAUGAUAAAAUGGAGGUCACACUGUUAGCCUGCCAUCAAAAGCAUGCAUCUAGGAUUGCUAAAAUAAAACUCUUCCUAAACUGCAAUAUUUUAAUUUAACAACACAUUUCAUAUAUUUAUAUAAAUCAAGGUAAACAUCUGUUCUUUAUAAUGCUAUAAUUAAUAGAUUCUUAUUAAUGUUAGGCUAAAAAUGAAGAUUGCUUUGCAAAAUCUUGGAAAUCUUACCAAGGAGACCAAAAUACUGGUAUGGUGUUUGGAAAAGGCCACUUUUCAAGCUUCAAUUAAUUUGGUUAGUGUACCAUGGUUACCAUUUUACCAGUCAGUAUGCAUAGGGCUGGGGAUGAUUGGGCAUAAAGUAACAAAUGUCACUUGUGCUUAAGCAAUAUAUAACAGCAAUUUUUUUUUUUUUUGGUAAUGGAUAUUGUUCCGACACCUUGUGGUCCAUUAAGAAAGUGACACUGAACACCUCAAAUUUGUGUAAAAUCUUUGGAACAAUAAUCCACAGCAAUUUUUAAAUUUUUUUUUGCCUUGUUUUGAAGCAGUACUAGUGUAUAAUAAUGAAGUGGUCAUUUAGCAAACAACAAAAAACAGUGGAUAAUCGACAGAGUAAUGGAAAUGGAACAAACAUGGUCUAAAGCAAACGGGGAAAAAACCAGGAAAUGCUGAACUUCUUCAGGGAUUCCAUAAUAACCAGAUGGCCAUUUAUAAACAACACAGUAAACAUAAAUUGAUAUAUUAUCUCGAAACGUAUAAGUAAUGCCAGAAUGUGGUCAUUGCUGUUGUAAAUUUCACUUACUUACCAGGUUGUUUGAAGGGUGCCCUCAUGGAAGAUAUUUCAUAUGCAAUAUGACACUGUCGAUUAAAAGCUCUGCAUCAUCAGAGACCUGCAUUUAGUAUUUAUACAGUGAGUGGUUUUGGUACAAGCCCACCACAGUUAUAAGCACAUCUUUUACUAUAUGUCCGAUAUCACAUACAAGUGUUUCUCCAGGCAAAAAAAAGCACAUUUGAAUAAGUAGCUCAGCUGUUCUUAGAGCAGUGUUGAGAAUUUGCCUUUUUAUUGGCUAUCACUGAAGUUUUUUCAUUGAACAGGGGAUUCCUCAGUUGUUAGCCCACCCUUCAAAAUUGGCCCAAGUUUGUGUUCCAGGGGUGAGCAUAUACGAGAGGAACAACGGUAAUUAGUACGUGUCGUGGAAAGGCAGCAUGUAAUGGUGAUGGUAAUAGCAACAGUAGCAAGAUGUAACAAAAGUAACAGAGAAUGUUUAAUGAUGAGUGUGUGAUAGUAAGAUUGUUAAUGAAGAAUGGCAAUGCAUUGACCAGGCCAGGAUAACGGCAUUUGUUUAAUACAGUAAACUUCAUAUCAGAAACUUAAUAUUCAUUAUUAUGCAUUUUUGCAGCUUAAUAUUUCUAUCAGAUACUGGAUAUUAGCACAUGUAAAUUGUUAUAGAGUACUAAAUAUUUAUGCUAUGGAAUAUUAGAACAUUUAAUUGUUAAGGAUACUGAAUAUUCAUUUAAUAUUUGAAUAUUCUGCUAUUUCAAUUGUUUAGGGUACUAAAUAUUCAGUUUGUGUAUUACCAGUGUCGUAUUGUAAAUAGGACCUUAGGAAGUGGAAUGCGAGCCCGCCCUCUGUGUGGGGUCCAUUUACAAACUGACAUCUAAACAGUUUCAUUAUAAAUAUAUAUUUGUGGAAUGUAGUUAGCUUCAAGUGUAAUAAUAUAAUAUUCUUAUGUUUAAAGAGAAAAAUAUAUUGGUAAGUAUAGGUUUCACUGCACUGUAUCAUAUUAUGAAUUGAAAAAGGGGAAAAAAUUGAAUAAAAAUUAGGACACAGUAAAUUUGAAAUACAUUUGCAUAGAAUAGUAACCAAAUGAAAUAAUAUUGUGUGUUUAUGUAUCAAGGUUCUGCAGCCUUCACUGAUUUUGAGCAAAAUAUUUUGUGUGUUGUCAUUAUAAUUGAGGUAGAUGACGAAAGAAGUCUUUCAUGCGAUAUUUAUUGGUGCCGAUUUACAAAUGCUGUAAGUUUUUACACUGAUUGAUUUUUUUUCCCCAGGGUCUGUAGCACCGUCUUUUGUUGCAUACAUACUUAUUUUUAUGGAAUUUAUUUUCAGAAUCUAACUUUUUUUCUUUUUUUUAAAGUUGUAUUAACUCAUUUUUUUCGGUGCUUUUUCUGCCCUUUUUAUUAUUUCUGUUUAUCACAUGUUUGUUACAAUAACAGUUUCCAAAAUGUUGCAUUAAUCAGUUUAAAUGGCAUGCAUUCCUGAUACUGAGGUAAUUGCAUUAAUAACAUAACUUUCCAUAUGCUUUAAACAUACUUAAUUUUAAGGUUUUAUGAACUUUUCUUUUUGAUAAGUACAAGGUAUUUUUUAUUCUUUCAUUAUAAAAAUGUAUGGUUAUUGUUUCAUGUGUUCUAUAGAUGUACAAAAUAUUAUGUUAAGUAUGGUCUCAAGAUUUUGCUAUAACAUGACAAUGAUGCAGUCAUUUUGAAGUUCUGUGUGAACACAGUUAGAAUUUGAAGAGAAGGUGUUGUAAUAUAUAAAAUGUUUUGAAAAACAUGCCUUGUUUUUAAACUUCAGACAAAAAAAUUGAGCACAAACUUUUACAGUAAGUUUCUUUGUCAUAUUUAUAUUACCAUUUGUCAUCCAAAUUUGUAUUUUUAGUUUUAAAACAUUUCAAAUUUUCUCUUGCCAGAUUUGUAGUUCACACAUUCGUCUCUAAUUAUGAAACAUUUUCUUUAAACUGUAAACAUCUUGUUUGUGCAGUGUAAACAUUCUCUGUAUAUUUUUUAAAUAGGAAUUAGAAUUUGCAAAUAGAGACAGAGGAAUUUUGCUGGUUUAAAGUGUAGUGUAUACCUCAACAAAAUAAUGUCAAAGAUGCAUAUCAUUGGAUAAUGAAAAACAAACAAUUUCUGUUAUGUUGCACUUAACACAUGGUUUGUUGAUGUUUGUGGUACCUGUGUCGUUCUACUUUCCCACCAUUUUUACAGAUGAAAAUAUACAUUAUGGUACUUGUAGUUAGUUUGAUGAGAAUUCAAGAUUUGUGUAGAGGCUUUAGUCAAACCUUGAGUGGUGUUCAAUUCUGGUGGUGACAUUUAUAUCACUAUGUGGAUAAUAAAACACAAAGUAGUGUAUACA